GGAAGGUAGUUUGUGGUUUGGGACACAGCCUGGUUUGAGUUUUUCUCCAGCGCUCGGAGUCAAAACCCUCAAACACACAGUGGGAGACACACAGAGUUCACCAGAGACAGAAGUCUGACUACAAUGUUGAGAGGCGCAUCUUUUUUCGUUUUGCUCGCUGUGGCUGUCUGUCACGUCGAGCAGCCCAAAAGUAAAAGUAAGGUGUGUGCGAAUGUGUUUUGUGGAGCAGGACGUGAAUGUGCCGUGACAGAAAAAGGAGAGCCCACCUGCCUGUGUAUUGAGCAAUGUAAGCCCCACAAGCGUUCAGUAUGUGGGAGUAAUGGCAAGACGUACCGCAACCACUGUGAGCUUCAUCGUGAUGCCUGUUUGACUGGACUCAAGAUACAAGUGGCAUAUGACGGACACUGUGAAGAAAAAAAGACAGACAAGGUCACUGCUAGCCCAAUCGUGUGUUACCUUGCGGACCGCAAUGAACUGAGGAGCCGUGUAAUCGAGUGGCUUCAAACCGAGGUGGUUCCAGAAGGCUGGUUUAGCAAAGGCUCCAACUUCAGCGAAGUCCUGCUUAAAUAUUUCCAGAACUAUGAUAAUGGAGAUGCUCAGCUCGACUCCACUGAGUUCCUCAAGUUUAUUCAUCACAAUGAGACAGCCAUCAAUAUCACCUCAUAUGCUGAUGAGGAGAGCAACAGAUUGCUAAGGAGUCUCUGUGUGGAUGCCUUGAUAGAACUUACGGAUGAGAACGCUGACUGGAAAUUGAGUUUUGAUGAGUUUCUCAACUGCCUGAAGCCUGGCUUCAAUCCUCCUGAGAAAAAAUGUGCACUGGAGGAUGAGACUUAUGAGGAUGGAGCUGAAACACAGAUGGAGUGUAAUCGGUGUGUCUGUGCCUGUGGGAACUGGGUCUGCACUGCUGUGACCUGUGAUGCUUCCGAGAAGUUGCCUGCUUUAGAUGAAGUGGAUGAAGGGGAUAAAGAGAUGACAGAGGCAGAGUGGAUCCGCAGAGUCGCUGAGCUCAACAAACAUCAGGAAACUGUAGAGAAGAUGAAAGUGAGCACCAAGGAGGUUUAAGUACUGAAUGAUGAUGCAGAAGAGCAGAAAAGAGAAGGACAAGGGUGGAAAUGAAUAAUCUAUGACUCUUACUCAGUCCACUGUAGGGAUUUAUUUGGUUUACCACAUAAAAAUUGUGGUUUUACUUUAUAUUGAUUUAUAUCAUUGUGUUAAUUAUUUUACAUUUCAAUAUGUACUGUUUAAAUGUUAAUCUUUUGAGGAGGUCUCAUAGAGACCUAAUCUUUGUUAGAAAGAAUAUAUUUAUACCACUACUUCCACAGUGUUGGAAGUUUCUUAUUUGUUGGGAAAGUGAACACAUGGUUCUAAACACAGUACUGAUGCAUAAGCAAUAUAAUAAGAGUGAUGAUACUUGAAAAUCAAAAGCAAUCCAAAAAUCAACAAGAAACAUGUUACAUCACUGAUAAACAGCACAGAGCAUUUAAGACUAUUAUCAAUCCAUUAGAUGGGCAGUUGUGAUAGUAAAUUUGGACACACAUCGGAGAAGAUUUCAUGAAACAUAUAAAGUGCAUCAUAUUCCAUGAUUGGUUGUUCCCUAGAGUAAUUAUAAUGCAAAUAGCAUCUAUAAAUAAAAGAAAACAGCAAAGAUUGUUUAUAUAUAUAUAUAUAUAUAUAUAUAUAUAUAUAUAUAUAUAUAUAUAUAUAUAUAUAUAUAUAUAUACACUGAAUAAUGGAGCUUGAUUUAUUUGAUUUUUCCAGGAAAUGUUUCAUCAAUGGCCUUGAACUAAAUGGUGACCGUUCAGUGACAGUUCUUAUCUCUGUCUCUGAUAUAUGUACAGUUGUACAAAAAAAAAGUACCAUUCACAUAAACUCAGUGUAGUUCUUGUACACUUUGAUACACUGUCCUUAAACUGUUCAACAGCCAGCACAUUUGGCUUAGUGUCAAUAAACCGUGUACUGUAUAAGACAUUA